AUGCUGAACUACUUCAAGAUCACCGCGAAUAUUGUGCUGCGGUUCAUCAAGGCUGUUUUUGAUCUUGUCUCAUUCAGUGCCUAUGUUGUACAACUCACCAUUCGUGACUUGAUUUUGACUGCCACGAACCCUUUUCGCCCUAAUCGUCCAGUCGGGAACGUUAUACCUCGUGGAUAUCCAGGACAUGGAGGGACUUGGCCAGAAUACACGGCCCCUAAGCGAGGAGAGGAUUCUCGCUCGCCUUGUCCAGGGCUUAACGCGUUAGCUAAUCACGGGAUCCUGCCGAACAAUGGCAAACGUAUUACCUACGCACAAUUAUCGCACGCGAUACAACAUGCAUACAACCUUGCACCAACCCUAGCAAGUCAACUUACAUCUGCAGCCAAGCAGCUGGAUCAAGGUCGGGGCUGGAUUGACCUGCAUGAUCUCAACGUCUUAAACGUUGUCCAACAUGAUGCCUCAUUUACCCGUCCUGAUAUUGCAUUCUGCCCGGACCAAAGCAUCCCGCACACCGGCCUCAUCAAUAGAUUACUUGACCACGCGUCGGAUGGGAAACACCUCUCGCUGACCGACUUUUCCUACUAUUCUGGUCUUCGCCGCGCAGAGUGUAAGCGAAAUAAUGGCCAGUACACACUAUCGGGGAGUUUUAUCCACAAGAUGAUCGGAUCCGGAACCAGUGCCCUCAUGUAUUCAAUCUUUGGCGGGGAUAUCGAGGCACUACGAGUCUGGCUCGUGGACGAGCGAUUCAUGGAUGGUUGGGAACCGAGGACUAGAGAGGCUCUCGGUCAUACAGUUGCCCAAGCUUUGGCCACCUCUCUUGCCGUUGAGUUUAGUAUUGAUGAGAAGCAAGCGCUGCGGGAGGGAGAUGUCUUCUACCACGAGUGA